CCUCAAAGCAGCCUCGUAGACAUGAGCGCGCUCGCAGACGAGCUCUUGGCAGACCUUGAAGGGCUCUCAGAGGGCGAGGAAGAGUAUAGGGAAGACGAACAAGAACAAGAGCAGCAGCCUCAGGCCGGGUCAAGCAGUGGUCUCAAGCGGAAGGCACCUGCGGAGGUCGGGGACGAGGAUGAGGUCAUGUCGGAGGGCGAGGGGGAAGAUGGCGGGCAAGAUGCGCAAAAGGCCGUUGGAAGCUUGGUGCUGGAGGGCGGUAUGAAGCCUGCUGAGGAACUGGAUGCUGAGGAAGUACAACGCAUGGAACUCGGAGCAGUGGAAGACGUGCGAAAGAUUGCCAAGGUGUAUGGUAGCAAGCGCAUGAAUGACAUCUUGAAGGAAAUCGACAAGUACCAGGCAAACCCUAGCACGCCGGAGCAGAUGGCACUUCCGACCCACUCGAAUCCGGAGUAUAAUGUUAUCGUGCAGGCGAACAACCUAUCAGUAGAUGUUGACAAUGAGAUCAUGGUUGUACACAAGUUCAUUAGAGACCAUUACGCAUCAAAGUUCCCCGAACUGGAGCAAUUGGUCCAAGAGCCGCCAAUGUACAUUCGUACUGUGCGCGCACUUGGUAAUUCGGAGGAUCCCACCAAAGUCAACCUCAAUACCAUUCUUCCCGCAGCAAUUGUCAUGUCUGUCAUGAUCACUGCUACCACUACCACCGGUCAGCCCCUCUCAGAAGCUGAGUGGGAGGCUGUUCAACGCGCCUGCGAUCUUGCCGACAACUUGGAGGAGGUUCGGAAAAAGAUUUUCAUGUACGUGAGCUCGCGAAUGAAUAUUCUUGCACCCAACCUGUCAGCUAUUGUCGGUACAACUACAGCUGCGAAGUUACUUGGUGUCGCCGGUGGUCUGAAUGGUCUCGCUAAGAUGCCGGCCUGCAACGUCCACCUGUUAGGUGCUCAGAAGAAGAUCACAGCCGGUUUCUCCACUGCCACUCAGCGCCGUCACACCGGAUUCAUCUUCCAAUCGGAAAUCCUGCAGACCACACCCUCAGAGUACCAGCUCAAGGUUCAGCGUACAGUCGGCGCGAAGUGUGCACUCGCGGCACGCAUGGAUCUGGAACGCCAACGGCGGGACGGCAGCUACGGGCAGGAUCUGCGGGAGAAAAUUGAGAAGCAUGUCGACCGCCUGGCUGCUCCUCCUCCGAGUAAGAUCGUAAAGGCGCUGGCGAUUCCGAACGACGGUCCCAAGAAGCGUCGUGGAGGAAAGCGGGCUCGCAAAGCGAAAGAGGCGUACGCGCAGACCGAGCUUCGCAAGCUGCAGAACCGCAUGGCGUUCGGCGAGGCGGAAGAAGAGGUCGGCGCGUUCGACCAGACAAAGGGCCUGGGCAUGAUCGGCUCAGGCAAGGUGAGGGCAGGCGUCGGUGAGGCGAAGAGCCGCGCGAAACUCUCCAAGGCGAACAAGCUGCGGACGGCCGCACUCACGAGGGCCGCGCAGGCCGGCGGCACGCAGACAUCAGGCACUGCGACAUCGCUGACCGUCACACCGGUGCAAGGCUUCGAGCUUACGAACAAAUCUGCUGCCGCCGCACGCGUGAAGGAGGCGAACGACAGGUGGUUCGCAGGAGGCACGUUCUCAUUUGUUGGUCAGAAGGGCGACCAGAAGAGCACCUGAAACCGAUAUUCGGCUCGCUACUUCCUAGACACUGCACACGAGGGAUGUACGCAUGUAAACUUUGAUAUCUC